UACAAUACUUCCUUUCUCUACGUUUAAGAAACUGGGACCUCAUGAGAACUGAUUCUGACCACAAAAGGUUCCUUAACCCCAACAAUGCUUCUCCUACAUUCCUCGGCCCACAUACUUCACAGUGCCCUGCUCUUGAUCCUGCUUCUGGAACUUAAAGGAGCAGAUAUGAAAGAGCUAAAGGUGAUCCAGCCUCAGAAAUUAGUUUCUGUUUAUGAUGGAGGGUCAGUUAUUCUGAAUUGCACAGUGACAUCUCUCACCCCUGUGGGGCCCACGAGGUGGUUCAAGGGUGAAGGACAAAAUAGACAACUGAUAUAUAGUUUCAGAGGAGACUAUUUCCCCAGAAUAACAAAUAUUGCAGAUGUUACAAAGAGAAACAACACGGACUUUUCCAUCCGCAUCAGUAAUAUUAUGCUUGCUGAUGCGGGUACCUACUACUGUGUGAAGUUCCAGAAAGGAACAGUAGAGCCUGACAUUGAGAUUCAGUCUGGAGGUGGCACUGAGUUGUUUGUGUAUGGAGCAGAUAUGAAAAAGCUGAAGGUGGUCCAGCCUGAAAAGUUAAUUUCUGUUGAUGCUGGAGAAUCAGUCACUCUGAAUUGCACAGUGACAUCUAUCAUCCCUAUGGGGCCCAUUAAGUGGUUCAGGGGUGCACAACACAGUAGGCACCUGAUAUUUAAUUUCACAGGAGGAUAUUUCCCCAGAGUAACAAAUGUUUCAGAUUCUUCAAAGAGAAACAACCUGGACUUUUCCAUUCGCAUCAGUAAUGUUAUGCCGGCUGAUGCAGGUACCUACUACUGUGUGAAGUUCCAGAAAGAAUUAUUAGAGACUGACAUUGAGAUUCAGUCUGGAGGUGGCACUGAGUUGUUAGUAUUUGAACCAAAAACAUCAGGCAUUGCUAAAAUCCUUGCAGCUGCACUUCUUGGAUACAAACUAAUGCUGGUAAUUGCUGUCACUCUCAUUCAUAAGCACAGAUGCAAAAUUCCUGAAUAGAAUCAGCAUGGAAAUAGAUCUUGAUGAGAAGCCACUGAAGACUGCUCAUAAAGACACAAUUAGGACAACUUGAAUUCAAAAUUUCUGGUUGUUCCUCUGCAUAUGUAUCAUUGUCCCCCAGCUUUAGUGCUGUGCAUAUUGAGUUGUAUUCUAGAUACUUUUAUUUUCAUUAUUAAAAGAAUUUAAAUGUGUA